AUGGCUGAGAACAACGGAGAGCACGUUGAUGGUACCCACUGUGUGCAUUGCCCGGCUCACCUCCGCGACCAUUGCCCUGGGCUCACGAACAGUCGCCAAUAUCAACCCUCGACUGCCAACAGUAUGGCGGCUGUGUUGGAGGCUUCCGGGCCACUUGACUUCCGCUCGAGCUUCCGGAGUGCAGCAGCAGUGCGUGAAUCUGUGGCAAUCGAAGACAUAUCUUCGCUACUUGCCCUGUUGCGCGCCCAAGAGAUAGACGACUCGGCCUCCGAAUCCGACUCCUCCGCAUCCGACGACUUCGACGAAAUGCCCAUUCUCAUCCCGCACGACUACGAUUCUGGUCCCUCGAUUACGUUGCGUACCACUUACGCCGACAGCUUGACCGUCAACACUGCCGAGACAUUCGAAUGUGCCAUCUGCCGAGAGCGUCAUGACAGCGGUCACAAGACAACUUGCGGACAUUUGUUUGACGUGGUGUGUCUGCAGGAUUGGGUUCGGAUAUCCGAGCCUCAGGAAGGAUUCAAAUGUCCGACUUGUCGUGCUUCGCUCGUGGCCAAUGACAUUAUCACCGAACCAGAUGCCGCCAACACCGUUGAGACGCCCACGGCGACUACACAAUCUGCUUCCACCGCCUCUCGGUAUACUUUGACGAGCAAUGUUACCAACGUGCGAUUCUAUGUGGCUCAAGUCGAUGGGCCUCAUCCACAAGUCUAUUUUGGCAGCACCAACAACAUUCAGGCUCGGGAGUAUAUUGGCACCGGAGAUCGAGCUCUCGCUCUUGCGGAUGGCAACCCUUUGUCUGAGCUCCGCGGAACUGAAGUGUCCUUGGACGACGAUGAAGAAGAGGAGGGCAUGCUCGACGAUGUUGAGGACAGUGGCGCCGCCUGA